CACUAGCCCAAGUCGCCCUAAACCUAGCCCGGGCACCCGCCAGACCAGCCAGCCCAACAACGCAAAACGCGACGCGGCCACCGCCUUGUCCAUGGGCUCCUCGGCGCAGCUCAGGCGGCUGAAGCCUCUGUACCAGCUGGUGGUGAACAACAUCCUGACCAUCGUGGCCGUGCCGCUCGCCGCCGCGGUCCUGCUCAAGGCGGCGGAGCUGGGGCCCGAGGAGAUCCUGGCCCGGGCCCGCGCGCUCCGGCCGGCGCACAUGCUCCUGGCGGGGUUCCUGCCGGCCGUGGCGACGGUUCUGUACCUGACGCUCCGGCCGCGCGCGGUGUACCUGGUGGACUACGCGUGCUUCCGCACCAACCCCAACUGCCGCGUCCCGUUCGCGACGUUCCUGGAGCACUCCCGCGUGUGGCCGGGCUUCGACGAGCGCAGCGUCCGGUUCAUGACGCGCCUGCUGGAGCGGUCGGGGCUGGGGGAGGAGACGUGCCUGCCGUACGCGCAGCACUACAUCCCGCCGUCGCGCGACCUGGAGUCCUCCCGCGCCGAGGCCGAGCUCGUCAUCUUCUCGGCCAUCGACGACCUGCUCGCCAAGACGGGCGUGUCCCCGCAGGACAUCGACAUCCUGGUGGUGAACUGCAGCCUGUUCGCGCCGACGCCGUCGUUCGCGGACAUGGUCAUGCGCCGGUACGGGCUCCGCGGGGACGUGCGCAGCGUGCACCUCGCCGGGAUGGGCUGCAGCGCGGGGCUCAUCUCCGUGGAGCUGGCCCGGAACCUGCUGCAGGUGGCGCCGCGGGGCGCGCGCGCGCUGGUGGUGUCCACGGAGACCAUCACGCCCAACUACUACAUGGGCAAGGAGCGCGCGAUGCUGCUCCCCAACUGCCUGUUCCGCAUGGGCGGCGCCGCGGCGCUGCUGUCCACCGACGGCGCCGGCGCGCGGUUCCGGCUGGCGCGCGUGGUGCGCACGCUGCGCGGCGCCUCGGACGCCGCGUACCGCUGCGUGUACCAGGAGGAGGACGAGCGCGGCAACGUGGGCAUCAACCUGUCCAAGGACCUGAUGAGCAUCGCGGGCGACGCGCUGAAGGCGAACAUCACGGCGAUGGGGCCCCUGGUGCUGCCGGCGUCGGAGCAGCUGCUGUUCGCGCUGUCCUUCAUCGCGCGCAAGGUGCUGAACGACCGGGUGAAGCCCUACAUCCCGGACUUCCGCACGGCGUUCGAGCACUUCUGCAUCCACGCGGGCGGGCGCGCCGUGAUCGACGAGCUCCAGCGAAGCCUGACGCUGUCGGACGAGCAGGUGGAGGCGUCGCGGAUGACGCUGCACCGGUUCGGCAACACCUCCAGCAGCUCCCUCUGGUACGAGCUCGCCUACAUCGAGGCCAAGGGCCGCAUGCGCAGGGGCGACCGCGUCUGGAUGAUCGGAUUCGGCUCCGGCUUCAAGUGCAACAGCGCCGCCUGGGAGUGCAUCCGCCCCGCCGCCAACGCCGACGACGGGCCGUGGGCCAACUGCAUCCACCGCUACCCCGUCCACAUUCCCGACGUGCUCAAGCACUGACCCGACUACAAGCCUGCGUACCGUACCGUACGUACGUCCACAUUCCCGACGUGCUCCAGCGGCUCCCGUACAUGUGCGCCCGGGGAACGGGUGUGUUGUGGUCCGGAGCGUUGUAUACACGUACACUCGUUUCGUCUUGUGUCCAGAUUUCUUUAUCUAUCAUGUAAUAUGUUUUUCCCAUUUCUUUAAAAUCCAUGUACACUUUCUAUGUAAUACAGCUACAAGUCUCACGUACCGGUUAAAACGGUUUUCAAGUUUUUAAUAAAUAUUAUUCAUAUUUA